AUGUGUGAGGGACAAAGGAAAGAGCAGAAGAGUUUGCAAGGCAACCCAUGCGACCGUGCACCCAUCCACCCCCAAGGUUACCCCAGUGAUUGUGACCCAGACCAGCCCCCCUACCCAGCGGGACACGUCUGUAACUUCACCUGCCCGGCAGGACACGGCAGGACGUCAGGUGAUGGGAGGAAACUCUGCAACAACGGCCAGUGGAUGGGAGACGAUGUUGUGUGUGAAGAGUUUGACGAAUGUACCUCUGUUCCGUGUCAAAAUGGCGGAAUUUGCGAGGACGAGGUCAACGCCUACAACUGUAACUGUGCUCCUGGCUAUGUAGGCGAUAGUUGUGAAACAGAAAUUGACGAAUGUGCCUCUGAUCCUUGUCAAAAUGGCGGUACUUGCGUGGACGAAAUCAAUAGCUACAUUUGUACUUGUGCUGAAGGCUAUGAAGGAGAUAACUGCGAAACGGCGCCCUGUCUGGUGAGGCCUCUCUACGGUCCGUCGGCAGACGCGAACUACUCCCAAGACUUCUGCGUUAACUACGACGUCCUACUCCCUGAAAUAACGAACCUGACAAGGUCCUUCAACAGAUCCCUUCAGGAACUCGGGCUCAGUAAUGUGCGGAAGGACCUUGAAGAGAUACGUGACGUGGGUUUGAUUCCCUUCGACGGAGAAAUAGGACCUAUCACUGGGGAUGACCCACCGACGACCGAACCCAUGCCAACUGUGAUGCCGACAGAGGUGCCGACUGGCAGAGUCAGACGCAGAAGACAAGCCAGCAAUGGUAAUCCCUGGAGCCGGGUAGGGAAUGUGACAAGCUUAGUCUAUGACGCAGACGGUGGUCCCGAGGAGAAAUUGAUGUCCUUUGGCGCUUCAGAUUUAGAAAAUCUUGGCGAGGACGACUAUCUUCAAGGUCCUCUCAGAGACCUAACAGAAGAUGUGAAGGGGUUUUCUGAGAGGUACAAUGAAACCACAGCCGAGGCGACGCCGUCCAUAGUGCAGGAUUACCGUAACAUGCUCGACAGCUUCAACUGUAGCAUCAACGGCCCGAACUGUAACCGGACACGUGGACAGGACGAUGUGGUACCGCCUAGACAACCACUGGUACAUUGUUUACAGACCAGCAAUUGAGUACGACCCUGGAAGCAUGAAAAGGGCAAUACGUUGCAGAAUUAUAAUCGUGGCCUGGCGAGGCUUUAGAAUCUUCAUUCUAUGCUUCAUACGUUGAGAAAAACCAUUUGCCAAUUCAUCUAAUAUAUAAAUGCUGAUGUCCCUUGUCUUCAGCUGCAGGUAUGUAGAUGGAUAUGUCCGUUCGUAUAGAUUUAUUUUACUUGGCGUAAAAAACGGUGCUUCCUGUAAAUGCUUGUAGAACUGUAAUAGUGCCGCGUAUCUGAUGUUACAUUUAACAACGUUAGCAUUAUCGCCAAGUUUACGCGUUAAGAUAUUUGUGGAUUAAGGGACAGUCCAGUAUGUAUUGAGUAUGGGCGUAUGUAGGCACAUUGGCAUUGAUAACCCAUAUGCUGCAAUAUCAAUUCAUGUUUAUUGUCACUAACGCAUUCUAUGAUGAUAUGACUUUGCUUUUAUUCAAUUUAUUGAUCGCUUUAUUGAUAGGAAUCGCUUACGGUUGAUAAUGUAAAUCAUCCAUGGAUACAUGUCAACCAAUUUGAAUUUUCUAAGUGAGGUAUAACCAACCAUAAAUGUUCUGCAAUAGGUGU